AUGAGGUGCCUCCUCCUGCUGCUGCUGCUACUGCAACUGCAGCCGCUGCUGCGGGGCGGGGCCGAGCGCCCCCGGGAGCAGGCCCCGGUCUUCUGGCUCACGCAGCAGGGCCCCUUGGAGGAGACUGAGCCCGGCAACGCCACGGCGUCGCCCUGCGAGGGGCUGCCCGCCGCGGGGGUGGCGGCCUGGACGCUCGCGAAUCGCAGCCUGGAGCUCCUGCCGCGCUGCCUGCCGCGCGAGCUGCAAACCCUCGACGCCAGCCACAACCUGCUGCGCGCCCUGGGCGCCGCGGACCUCGGGCACCUGCCGCAGCUGCGGGUGCUGUCGCUGCGCCACAACCGCGUGGAGGCGCUGAGCUGGGGCCCCGGCGAGCCCGCGGCGCUGCACACGCUGGACCUCGCCGACAACCGCCUGGUCGAGCUGCCGUCGUGCGGCGGUCCCGCAGCCCGCAGCGGCCUCCGCACGCUGUCGCUCGCCGGCAACCCGCUGCGGGCGCUGCGGCCCGGGGCCUUCUCCUGCUUCCCCGCGCUGCGCCUGCUCAACCUCUCCUCCACCGCCCUGGGCCGGGGCGCGCGCGGGGACCUCCCCGACGGCGCCUUCACCGCGGCGGGCGGCGCGGCCCUGGCGGCGCUCGAGGUCCUGGAUCUCAGCGGCACGUUCCUGGAGCAGAUUCGGUCCGGGUGGACCCGAGACCUGCCGAAGCUCACAUAUCUCUACCUGAGGAAGAUGCCCAGACUGAGCAGCCUGGAGGGGGGCAUUUUCCAGAUGACCCCCAACCUGCGGCAGCUGGAUUGCCAAGACUCACCGGCACUUUCUUCGGUGCACACAAAAAUCUUUCAGGACACCCCUCAGCUCCAAGUCCUUCAGUUCCAGAAUUGCAACUUGACUUCCUUCCCUCCGUGGACUCUGCAUUCCUCCCAGGUCCUGUCCAUCCAUCUCUUUGGCAACCCUCUCACUUGCAGCUGUGAGUUAUCCUGGCUCCUUGUGGAUAGGAAGAGCACCGUUGUAAGCAGGCCUGCAGACACGUUGUGCGCCCCGGCUGAUGGCACGAACCCCGGGGGAACCUUCUCAACCCCUCUUGCGCUCUCACAGCUGCCCGGAGUGUGCCAAGCGGAGCAAAGCACCACCCCGCGCGAUGCCAGUCUCCCCUCGGUGGGAAGCUCCACGCACGCACCAGCUGCCAACAUCCUCUCUGCCCCGCCGGGCCCAACCCGACAGAAUGGCACCAAGCCCCCCACCGUCGCGGCAGAUGCCCACAAGGAUGCCAGGGAGCUGGCUGUUGGCUCCCCGACCCCCUGGACUACGGGUCCCAGCACCCCCCACCUCCCUUUCGGGGGGCCCGCGGUGACAGAGCGCCAAGAACUCGCGACCCAGCUCGGACCAAACCUCUCCGCUGCCACCGGGCCCACGGCCAGUAAACGGCCGAAACCCGGGAACUCCCGAAGGACGCGGCGCCCCCCGCCGGCUCCCGCGCAGACCCCGUCGGCGGGCGGCAUCGGGGUCCUGCUGCUGGACGGGGACGCCAGCGAGGUUGGGGAGGGGACGGCGGCGGAGGUGCGGGGCCCAGCUUUGGCCGCGGCCUGCGACUACCAGCCCUGCAAGCAUCUGCAGACCCCGUGCGCCGAGCUGCAGAGGCGCUUGCGGUGCCGGUGCCCAGGGCUCAGCGGGGACGACGCCCCGCCCGAGCCCCCCAAGCUGCUGGGGGUGUCGGAGAUCCGCGACACGUCGGCGCUGCUCAGCUGGUGCGCCCCCAACUCGGUGGUGCGCGCGUACGAGAUCCGCCUGUACCGCGACGACGGGAACCAGUCGUGGGCGGUGGAGGGCAUCUACGCCACAGCGCGGCAGCAUCCCCUGUACGGGCUGGCGCCGGGCACCGCGUACCGCGUGUGCGUGCUGGCGGCCAACCGCGCGGGCCGUAGCCCGCUGCAGGCGGUGGACGCGAGCGGGGCCUGCGGCGCCUUCCGCACCCAGCCCAGCUGGCCGCUGCUCCUGGCCGGCCUGGCCGCCGCCUCCGGCCUGCUGCUGCUCAGUACCCUGGUGCUGUCCGUAUGCCUCUGCCGGCGGGCCCGCGCGCCCGGCCCGCGCCGCUGCGACACUCACCUGGUGGCCUACAAAAACCCCGCCUUCGACUACCCGCUCCGGCUCCAGACCUGGAAUUAGCCCCGUUUCCCCAGCUCCAAGCGGAC